GCGCUCAUCACUAAACGGAAGUUUUAAAACGUAGCGGGACUUUCUCACGUUUCUCUAUAAAAAAAAAGGAAAAACAUUGGAAGCUUUUGGCGUGCAAAAUGUCUGAAACUGAAUUUGGAAUUUGCCCGUACAACCCGGAUCACAGGAUCGCGCUCUUCCGCAUGCCGAAGCACAUCGUCAAGUGCGAGAGGAACUACCGUGGACCGCCGCUGAAGAUCUGCAAGUACAACGCCACACACCGCGUUCUCGAUAUGGAGGAGCACCUUAAGGAGUGUCUCUACUACCGCCGCUUCAUAGACAAUCGGUGCUUGGAGAUAGCCCUCACCACGCGCAUUGCGCCCACCCAGGAGGAUGGCCAUGUCGUCAGCACUUCAUUCUAAGUCUAGAUAUAAGAACAAAGAUACCAACAGUUGUAUGUCAUCUACAUACAUACAUGCCCAAUUCAAAAGCUUCUUGAAGAAGCGCCACCCAUUGUAAAGGCUCUAAUGGUGUUGAUUUCAUUCACUUUAUGAUUAAAGUAUAUAAUUGUUUCGCUGAGAAUCUUAACACAAAUAGAAAAGCAAAAGUUUUGGUAUUUA